CGCGCGCGGGUCCCGCCCUUCCUGCCCGGGAGGAGGAGCCGGGAGGGGGCGGUGCAGCCGACGGGAAGAUGGCGGACCUGGAGGAGCAGCUGUCCGACGAGGAGAAGGUGCGUAUAGCGGCAAAAUUCAUAAUUCAUGCUCCUCCUGGGGAAUUCAAUGAGGUGUUCAAUGAUGUUCGGUUGCUGCUUAAUAAUGAUAAUCUUCUCAGGGAAGGAGCAGCGCAUGCAUUUGCACAGUACAACUUGGACCAGUUUACUCCAGUAAAAAUUGACGGUUAUGAUGAACAGGUUUUGAUAACAGAACAUGGUGAUUUGGGAAAUGGAAAAUUUUUGGAUCCCAAGAACAAGAUUUCUUUUAAAUUUGAUCACUUAAGAAAGGAGGCUACUGAUCCUAGACCCCACGAAGUUGAAAAUGCCAUAGAAUCGUGGAGAAAUUCAGUUGAAACAGCAAUGAAAGCAUAUGUGAAGGAACACUAUCCAAAUGGUGUUUGCACAGUGUAUGGUAAAACAAUUGAUGGACAGCAAACCAUUAUUGCAUGCAUAGAGAGCCAUCAGUUCCAAGCAAAAAAUUUUUGGAAUGGCCGUUGGAGGUCAGAAUGGAAGUUUACAAUCACCCCUUCAACCACUCAAGUGGCUGGCAUCUUGAAAAUUCAGGUUCACUAUUAUGAAGAUGGUAAUGUUCAGCUGGUGAGCCAUAAAGACAUACAAGAUUCUCUAACAGUGUCUAAUGAAGCCCAGACAGCGAAGGAAUUUAUAAAAAUCGUAGAGGCUGCAGAAAAUGAAUAUCAGACUGCUAUCAGUGAGAAUUAUCAGACUAUGUCCGACACUACUUUCAAGGCCUUACGUCGACAGUUGCCAGUUACCCGCACCAAGAUUGACUGGAACAAGAUCCUUAGCUAUAAGAUUGGAAAAGAGAUGCAGAAUGCUUAGUGAACAUUGCAUGACUGGAUCGUUUUAGUGUCCUUGUAUACAAAUAAAAAUUAUUACAAAAAGUAUUUGGAACUGUCAGAUCACCCAGUCAGCAUGGGCUUUUGCCAUUGAAAAUCACUGUAAGUAGUUUGGUUAGAGCAUAAAGCUUAGCUAAUUGACUUUUUUCCUUUUUCCUUCCUUUCAGAGGGUUGCAACUUCAGUAUAGCUGAGUAUCUUCCUUUAGAGUCUCUGUUGUACCUUUAUUUUUUUAUAACGAAGAGACCAUGCCUUUAGUUUUCAAUUACACGUUAAGAACAGUUUGGAAAAAUAUUUUUGCAUAUGAUAACCCUUUCUCUUGCUUUCAUGUGAAAUGGACAACUUCCAAAUUUGCUGGGUUCCUUGUGGAGAUCAGUAACGUGCAUUUCUAGGUCAAGGUCAACAUGGAGUUCGCCAUAGGUGCUGUUGUAGAAAUCGUCUGUCCUUUCAUUUUAUGUAAAAUUGGGAAAAGCAUUUUCUGUAUCAUUUAAACCUGUCAGAAGACUUACCUAGCUAGCUCCAUGGUAGCUAAUUAUUUUUUUUAAAGAAAAGGCCAAGGUCUAAUGCUGUUUUAAGAUUUUGAAAUGAAAUAAAAGUACUUACUCCAGAAAUGCAUUUAAUGCUUUGUUCUGACAAUUACUUAAAUGAGCUCAAACUCCAUCUGCCCUCGAGCUUUUUUAUCAUAAAGCUACAAAUGUAUUAUAACAAGGCAUAUUGUAAUAUAUAUAAUCCUGUACUCAUUACUAUGUCUGUUUAUUUUUUCUUGGAUUGAAAUGUACUAAAAUUCAAUGUGACAUUAAAACGCAAAUUUUCUAUUUAUUUGAGUAUCAGAUUCCUUCCUGAUAUAGCCUGGUUUUGGUGUUUCUAAACAUUUUUAAAAUUCUGCUUAAAACAGCCACAAACUUGUGUAUUUGGAGAUUGUAAUAUUAUCAGUUGUUUCCAUCUGCAUUUAAGAAACAUCUACGCAUGGAAGUCUACUUAAAACAGGUAUCUUUUAGCUUCAGAUUGGCUACAGAGGAUGGAAGAAAUUACAAGACCAAAAAUUAAUACAUGUGUCUGGAGAAUACCUUCCUUGAUGUAUCUCAUAUUGAAAAUGGAUGUCAGGUAUCUAAAAACACAGACUCCAUUACAAAUGCUGUAUAGCACUUCUAUGAAAUGCAUAACUUUCAUUUUUAAUUGGAUAAAAAAUUGUUCUACAAUAUGCUACAUACUUAUAUGCUCAUGAUGGAAAAUUAAAAAGCUUUUUUAUUUUUGAGAAGGCAAGUAUUCAUGCUCACUCCUAAACAGUAAAGCUAACGCAAAGGUUUUAUGUCUUUGUUUAUAGCAUGAUUUAAUUAACUACCUUUCACUCAAGUUACAGCAUAGCAAGAGAAAGAGUCUAGACUUGGUACUGAGUAUAAAAAAGUACACACGCAGUAGUUUGCUGUUUGAAUUGUAGUAGCAAUACUCCAAUAUUCUGUUCUUCAGUGCUCUCUUAUGCAGGGGUAUAGAAGUUCUUGAAACCACUGCUACUUUACAGUACUAAACUGUAUAGUAGAAGAAUGGGAUUUGUUCUACCACAGUCUUCCUGGAGAGUUGCUCUCUCAAUUGUCUUUGUAUAUAAGCUACUGAACUGUGAUGUUCUUUUAAAAUCAGCUUAUAAACAUUGUAUGUGAGCCAAUAACAAAUGCUGAGUCAUUAUCAAGUCAGUCUGUCAGUCUUAACUAAGAUCUAAAUACAAACCUUCUUCAAAGAAUUUCUUCCAACUUAUUUGAGAACAAGCUAAACAGCAGUGAAUGGACAAUUGGGAGAACUGUUAAUGGGCAACAAUGGUGCAAAUAACUUUUCUAGCUGUUUAGAAUGUUGUGUAUGACCAGAAUCAGCACUGGCUAAAAGUCAGAAUGCUAUUUUUCUUACCUGAAAUAAAAAGCUACUUUUAAAUAUAUUCCUAAUAAAGAGGUAUUUUACUGUGAAGUACUCUAUUACUGUAUUUCCCUGUUUAUUCAGUCAUGUGAUAGUCUUAAUUCCUUAUCUUGAAAGAAUAGCAUCCUUCAGGUUCAAUUCUACCAGUUGGAUGACAAAGUAGAUUUGUAUUACUUAUAUUUUUUCUUGUUGUGGUAAUUCUUAGUCUGUGAGUUAACUUUACAGCUGGAGCAUCAAAUUUAUUAAGUUAUAGCUUCAAUAAAGCCAUGUCUAAGUAAAUAAACUAUUCUCUUUUUCAAAAUGGUGUUGUAUCAUAUUUAGGGCAUAACGACUCUGCAGAUGAAGCUGACCUGACUCUCAGCUGAGGCACAUGGCAUAUUCGGAAUGCUUGAUUUCUAUCAAGAUUUUGGAUGUCACUUGCACUUUUUUUUGUUUCUAUCCCUACCCCUUUUAAAUUGGAGAACUUUAGAGCUUGCUUGUUAGUCUUUAGGGUAUUUUGUAUAGGUAAAGCACUUUCUCUGAGAAAUUUUGCUAUGGCAAUCGUCUUAAUGUGAAUUACUACUUGUUUAUAUUCUAUUUUUAAAUAUAAAUACAAGCUUUGUAUUGUUGAAUGUUGAUGUAAUAGACAUUAUAGCUUGUAAAAUGGACUUGUACAAUGCUUGCAUUUUUGAAGUGUAUUACAUCUUAUGCAUCCUAGUGCCCCUUUAUAUGAAGGAAUUUUUAACUUCUGCAAGUAAGCAAUUGUUCUUUAUGAACAUCUGCAACAGGAGCAGCAAUUCUGCUUUUGGUUUCUCCUGAGCAGCCCCUUUUUGUAUGACUGUCUUCAAAUUCAUACUGUGGGUAGAAUGAAAUUUUAAAAUCAUUGUCAUUUUAAUCACAUCAUUACUACUACUUAUGCUCUACAUGCUGAUAACAAUUCUGCCAUCUGGCUCUAUUGGAAACACUGCAACGCAGUUCAUUGGGAAGUGGUCAUUCAGCCCUGAGUUAAAAGCAUUGUGUGAGACCCAACAUCCCAAUAGAUGUGUUUUCUGUAGGGGAUGGCUCCAGCUGCAUCUACAGCAGCAAUGUAGUUUGUGCAGUUUGGGAGCACAUCCUCUCUCAUCUUCACUUGCCCCAGACUGGUUUGGCUGCCAAAGCCAUUUUGGGAUGCUUGAGUUCACUUACUUUUGGAGAACUUGGAACUGGGCUCUCCAGCUCUGAAUGGUGACCCAAGUCAAUAGCAGUGGUUUCUUUCAGGCAGCUUGAAACCACCUAUGUGUUGAGGAUGUCUGAAGCAUCAGACUAAACCUGGCCUUCAAAUUUCCAGACUGUAUAUACCAUGGGUAUAGAAGUUUACAUCAACUGUUUGAUUCUGUGGAUUCACUUCUAUUGUAUUGAAUCACCUGCGGACACAGACAUGGCUUCUGCUGCAUUUGUUGACUGGAAAAACUGAAAUUGUUCUUCAUCUGAUGCAACUGUAAACUAGGUUUAGAUUAAACUUAGUUUGUUCGUAACCUU